AUGCCCGAGCCUAUUGCCAUCAUUGGAUCUGGCUGCCGCUUCCCAGGUGGUGCUGACACACCCUCGAAGCUAUGGUCUGUUAUCCAUAACCCCCGCGACCUUAGCAGCAAGCCACCCGCUUCCCGUUUUGAUAUCGACCCCUUCUACCACCCCGUCGGCACACACCAUGGCACCACAAAUGCCACCAAAUCCUACUGGCUUGAAGACUCAGACAAUAGCAAUGUUGCCAAAUUCGAUGCUGGGUUUUUCAACAUCCAGCCCAGCGAGGUGGAUGCUAUGGAUCCUCAGCAACGCUUGCUGAUGGAAGUCGUUUAUGAUGGGCUCUGUGCAGCUGGCCAACCGAUGGAGAAGCUGCGCGGUUCUGACACUGCUGUCUAUGUCGGAUUGAUGUCGGAUGACUGGAGCACCAUGUUGACCCGCGAUUGGGAGACCCUGCCACGAUAUACUGCCACAGGAUUGGAGAGAGGAAUUGUAGCAAACCGUGUGUCAUACUUUUUCGAUUGGCACGGUCCAAGCAUGACUAUUGAUACCGCAUGCUCCAGUAGUCUUGUUGCCCUGGAUCUCGGUGUGCAGGCCUUGCGAAGCGGCAAAUCUAAGGUGGCAGUUGCUGCUGGAACAAAUCUGAUAUUGAGCCCAGCGAUGUAUAUCUCCGAAAGUAAUCUCGGGAUGCUCUCCCCAAAAGGUCGCUGCGCCAUGUGGGAUGCUUCUGCAGAUGGGUAUGCGCGUGGUGAGGGUGUUGCUGCAGUUUUGCUCAAAACGCUUUCCCAAGCCAUUGCGGAUAACGAUCCGAUCGAAUGCAUUAUUCGUGAAACAGCAGUUAACCAGGAUGGCCGAACCACCGGCCUGACUAUGCCCAGCAAUAUCGCACAGGCUAAUCUUAUCCGCGAGUGCUAUGCUAGAGCUGGACUAGAUCCUAUCAACAACUUAGAGGAUCGACCCCAAUUCUUUCACGCCCAUGGUACAGGUACUCAGGCUGGUGAUCCACAAGAAGCUCAGGCGAUUUCGAGCGCCUUAUUUCCUACUGGCUCUCACGCCGACCAGAAGGCUGAUAAGUUGCUUGUUGGUUCUAUUAAGACAGUCAUAGGUCAUACAGAAGGCACAGCUGGGCUGGCUAGUGUGAUUGGUACCUCGAUGGCACUCAAGCAUGGUGUCGUUCCUCCCAACUUGCAUUUUGCAAACUUGAGUACCAAAGUUGCCCCCUUCUUCAAACAUCUGGAGAUCCCUACUGUUCCAGUGCCAUGGCCUAGCAAGGAAGGACAACUGAGGAGGGCUAGUGUGAACAGCUUCGGCUUCGGUGGAACAAACGCCCACUGUAUUUUGGAGCAGUAUAUUCCAGAGCAAAAGCCCAUUGCUCCUAUAUUUACGCCUCUUCUCUUCUCGGCUGCCUCAGAAGUUGCCCUCCGGACUAUGCUUUCUCAGCAUCUUGAAUACCUCAAGGAAAAUCCUACAGUAGAGUUCUCUGAUUUUGCCUACACCUUGCAGCACAGGAGGUCUACGCUUCCAUACCGCAAAUCUAUCGCAGCAAUGACAGUUCAAGACGCUAUUCAAUCUAUCGAUACCUUAGUUAACCCACCCGAUGGGAAAGAUAGUACUGAUCUUGGAAUGAGGUUCGGCGUUGUUUCCCCAUCCGCAAAGAUACUUGGCAUCUUUACUGGACAGGGUGCCCAGUGGCCACGAAUGGGGGCGCGACUCAUUGAGCUCUCUCCGUUCGCUUCAUCUCGCAUAUCCGAGCUAGAUGCUGCCCUACAGAGCCUCACAGACCCUAAAGACCGACCUUCCUGGUCACUUAAGGAGCAGCUUCUUGCAAAAAAAGAAGCUUCGCGUAUAGCAGAGGCCGCUCUCUCUCAACCCCUGUGCACAGCCGUGCAAAUAAUCCUCGUUGAUGUGCUCCGAGAGGCUGGCAUUUUGUUUAAAGCUGUAGUCGGCCAUUCAUCCGGUGAAAUUGGAGCCGCAUAUGCAGCAGGUUUUAUUUCCGCAAAGGAUGCAAUCCGCGUUGCCUACUUCCGUGGAGUUCACGCUCAACUAGCGUCCAGCCCUAACUCUCAUUCGCUUCGCGGUGCCAUGAUGGCUGUUGGUGCUUCAGUUGAAGACGCACGCAGUUUUUGCUUAGAGGAAAAGUUCGUUGGCAGGAUCCAGGUUGCGGCAGUGAAUUCGGCCUCAAGUGUUACCCUCAGUGGUGAUGAAGAUGCUGUCAACGAAGCCGAGGAAGUAUUCAAAUCUCGGGGUAUUUUUGCUAGAAAGCUAAAGGUUGAUACCGCUUACCAUAGUGCUCAUAUGGGCUCUUGUGCUGGACCCUACCUUGCUUCGCUAGAGGGAUGCUCUAUUCGGCCAGUCAUCCCACAGAAAGACUCAACAACCGUCUGGUACUCAAGUGUCUAUAAGGGUGAGCCCAUGACCAGUCAUCGCCUAACUAAUCAGUACUGGGUUGACAAUAUGUGCAACGCCGUUCUAUUCUCUGAUGCGCUUGCGAAUACUGUUCAAGCCGGUAUAUUCGAUCUGGCCAUCGAGGUUGGCCCGCAUCCAGCACUUAAAGGGCCGGCAACAGCCACUAUUGGCAAUGUUCCAUAUACCGGACUGCUGUCCCGUGGGCUAGACGACGUUAAGCAACUUAGUGAAGCGCUAGGGUUCUCCUGGACCCGACUUGGCUCCGGGAGUGUUCGAUUCUCUGCUGUAGAAGCACUGUUAUCCGGUAUUGGCAUCAGAAAGGCAUUGAAAGAUCUUCCACCAUACCCAUUUGAGCAUCAACGCAACUACUGGACGAAUAGUCGCCUCGCGAAUCAUUUCAAAAAUAGACGCGCUACCCAUCUCCCUAACCCAGUUCUGGGCUCACCAUGCUCCGAGGCUACCACGCCUGGUGAGUUUCAGUGGAGAAAUUUCCUGCGCCCUAAUGAUAUGCCUUGGCUCAAGGGCCACAAACUGCAAGGUCAGACCGUUUUCCCGGCUACAGGAUAUGUUAGCAUGGCUGUAGAAGCUAUCAAAGGUCUCAUAUUCGAUAAUAAUGCCGAAAAUGCCAUUAGCAUGAUUAAAUUAACCAAUAUUGAUAUUCCCCGAGCUAUUGCAUUUAAUGACGAUGACUCCAAUAUCGAGACUAUUUUCAGCGUGUCCUCAGUUGUUACUUUAUCGACGAAUAUCUCAGCAGACUGGGCUUGCUACUCUGUGGCUGACGGUGGGAAUAUCCUUUUAAACGCGAAAGGUCAAGUAUCUGGUCAUAUCUCUCCUGCUAAACCCGAUAGCCUCCCUGUGGUGAAGGCGACACCCUUCAACUUAGUUGACGUUCAGGACGAGCGCUUUUAUACAAAUCUAUCCAGUGUUGGAUAUGGCUACUCUCAUCCAUUCAAAGGUGUAUCCAAUAUCCGCCGCAAGCCUGGAUAUAGCGUCGGCACGCUUUUUGACCAGUCUGGAGUUGAAUGGGACGACAACCUCGUUCUUCAUCCUGGCAUGCUCGACUCCUCCCUCCAAACUGUUUUUGCAGCAUGGUCAUAUCCUGGCGAUACCCAACUAUGGUCAUUACAUGUUCCUGUUACUAUCUCUGCGGUAACUAUAAACGCAUACUUCACGACUCUAGGCCCAGCAGGUAAGCAAAGCGUUAUGAAAUUUGAAACCUUCAUCCGAAGCAAGCAACCCUCCGAAAUCAUUGGAGAUAUCUACCUACAUACCGAUGACGAGUCCCACGCUAUUGUGCAGUUUGAAGGUGCAACCUUGGUGCCUUUCUCACCUGCUACCCCUAAGAAUGACUUGCCUAUGUUCUCGCAUUUCCAAUACCAGGUUGCUUCACCAGAUGGGCAAUUGGCUGCCGGAGGUGAAACGGUGACCGAUUUCGAGAUCCAAAUGUACAAGGAUAUUGACCGUGUUUCCUAUUGGUUUGCGCGUCAUGCUUCCCUAUCUAUUCGCCCCGAAGAACGCAUCAGCCUACUCCCUCAUUUCCAGAAAUACCUCAAAUGGUGUGACCGGAUGGUUGGUAUGGUGAGUCGCGGCGAAACCCCAAAAGUUGGGCCGGAGUGCAAUGAAGAUACUCGCGAGGACAUCGGUAAAAUUUUGGAACGUUAUGAGGGUCGCAAAGAUAUUCGCUUCGUUGAAGUCGUAGGCGAUAAUUUGGUCCCUGUGAUUCGUGCUGGAAACUCUAUGCUCGAGCAUAUGAACCAAGACGGCCUUCUACGGGCCUUCUACGAAGAGAAUGCCAUAUGUGCCGGUCCAACAAGCCGCUGGCUCGCCCGAAUAGUAUCUCAAAUCUCCCAUCGAUUUCCUGGUCUCAACAUCUUUGAAAUUGGAGCUGGAACUGGAGCGACUACGUCCUCAGUACUCCGUAACCUCAACGGCGCUUACGCGUCUUAUACGUUUACGGAUAUCUCUAGUGGUUUCUUCAUGGCUGCGGAGGAAAGAUUUAUUAAUGAAAGUGGCAGGAUGAGCUUCAGGGUAUUUGACAUGGAAAAAGGCCCUGCAGAACAAGGCUUCACCGAAGGCUCGUACGAUUUGAUAGUAGCUGUGAAUGUGCUUCACGUUUCUGCUGACAUGGAAGCUUCAAUGUCUAAUAUACGCCGUCUCCUGAAGCCUGGCGGGUUUAUUGUAGUAGGUGAGCUUACUUCAACUGACCUCCUAUUCAGUGGCAUGACGGUUGGAACGCUUCCAGGAUGGUGGAUUGGUGCUGAAACAGGUCGUCCGUGGGGGCCAUUGCUCACCCUUGACCAGUGGGACUCAGUGUUGAAGAAGACUGGGUUUUCAGGAAUCGACACUGUCACCCCCAACAUUGAUUCCUCGCUUCCUAUUAGUGUGUUUGUUGGCCAGGCUGUGAACGACCAAGUCACACUACUACGGAACCCCUUGGCAGUCAAACAGCAUCCCAUCGGUGUAAGAACUGACGCCCUUGCUAUUAUUGGAGGGAUUACGGACCGUGUAAAAGAUCUUGGGCGCGAGGUAUCCGAUGUUCUAUCGCAUCGAUUCCCCGAAAAGGAAUUCUUCAAUACAGUGGAAGAUUUUGCCUGUUCAGCCAUGUCCGAAUCUGUGUCUGUUUCUGGGGCGGUGACCAUCCUUUCUCUUACGGACCUUGACCAACCCUAUCUGCAAGACCUGACGGAGGAUAAAUUCAAAGCACUUAAAAUAUGUGCUACAUCUGGAACUGUGGUCUGGGUAACCUGCGGAUCUCGGGAAGAUACCCCUUAUAGUUACAUGAUGAUGGGCCUCGCUCGCACAAUUAAGAACGAGAACCCUAACUUGAGCUUCCAAUUAUUUGACAUUGACUGCAAAUCUUCCAGUGGAGGAAUCGAGUCAGCCACUGCUAAUAUCCUAGCUCAGACACUGCUAAGACAACGUGUACUUCAGAGCUGGGGUAUUGACAACGAAACCCUGCUGUGGACAGAAGAGCCUGAGGUGUUCAUUGAAAGCGGAAAGCAACUUAUCACCAGGCUACUACCGGAUGCAAAGAAAAACAUGCGCUAUAAUUCACGACGGAGGGAGAUCUUUACUGAAAUCAACCCUUCAGAAGAAACUGUAGAGCUUUUGGGAGUUGGUCAGGGCCAGGAGCGGGCUCUUGAGUUGCACAAAGUUUCGCCUCUCAGAUUACCAGUAAUCCCUGAGACACCAUACCGCACCGUCAGAAUCACACACUCUCUCCUCCAUACCGUUGCUGUCGGAGCAGCUGGAUUCUUCAGACUCUGUGUGGGUGUUGAUGUGGAUACCAGUGAAGUUGUUUUGGCCCUUUCCAGCGCUGCAGAGUCUCCAGCAAAUAUCCCAAAAUCAUCUUGCAUUCUUCUUUCCGAAACAAUUGAUGCCGACACCCUUAUCUCAGUGGCCGCCAACAUUGUUGCGGGGCAUAUCAUUUCAUUUACUCCUGAAGGGGGAAUUUUACUGGUUAACGAGGCAGACUUGUCUUUGCAGUGUGCUAUACUACAAAAGGCCAAUAAAAAGAAUAUCAGCACUGUAUUUACCACUGCUGAACUGCGACAAAAUACUGACGGCAAUUCACUAUUCCUUCAUCCGAACUUCCCUCAACAUGUUAUCAAGUCCAUAGUCCCAGAUGCUGCGGCUGUUUUCGUCCAUUUCUCUCGGGGAGAUGCAUCCGAUGCCGUGAGAGAUGCCAUUUUAUCAUGUUUGCCAGAAGGAUGCCUUAGAAUCAGUGAAGAAGCAGCUCUAGGACACAGCACCGGCGGAGUAUCUAAUUCAGAGCCAUUGGUGGAUAUAACACAAAUUCUGCAGGAUGCAUUGAACGGCGCAAGGAAGAUUGGGCCAGUUGGUGCUAAGAGUAUUUCUCUAGGCUCUGCGCCUUCUCAUAGAGUUGCUAGGGAGCCCCUAGCGGUAGUGGAAUGGGAUACAACUGCACCUAUAGUCGCCAAAGUCCAGCCUAUUGACUCUGGUAUUUUAUUCCGAGCCAAUCGUACCUAUCUCUUCGUUGGCAUGGCAGGCGAGCUUGGUCAAUCUCUUGCUGGCUGGAUGAUUUCUCAUGGAGCGCGCUAUGUUGUUCUCACCAGCCGCACGCCGAAGGUGGAUCCAGCAUUUAUCGAGGACAUGGAGAAGCGAUAUGGGGCUGUCGUGAAAGCUAUGUCUCUCGAUAUAACAUCGCGUGAAUCCCUUCACUAUGUACAUACCGCUAUCACAGCCACCCUUCCCCCUAUUGCUGGUGUGAUGAACGGUGCCAUGAUACUGGAUGACGAGCUCUUCUCCAACAUGUCUCUUGAGCAGUUUACCCGUGUCAUCAAACCCAAAGUUUUGGGAACCCAACUGCUUGAUGAGCUAUUCUAUGAUGACAAAACACUAGACUUCUUUAUUGUUGCCUCUAGUAUUGCGUCCGUCAUCGGCUGGAGUGGACAGAGCAACUAUUCCGCCGCCAACGAAUAUAUGACGUCCUCAGUCUAUAAGAGACGCAAUCGCGGCGUUGCUGCUUCCGCCAUGAGCAUACCGGCUGUUGUUGGUGUAGGCUAUGCGGCAAACUCCAUUAACUUUGACUUUGACUAUUUCCAGUCUGUUGGAUACAUUAAUAUUAGUGAAGAAGACCUGCAUGUUCUCUUCGCUGAGGCGAUUGUAUCAGGCCGCCCAGGUCAAGUUUCACAAGUGAAGGCCCAGGUGGCCAUGGGUGUGAACUUCUUGCCAGGCGAUUUCUUUGUUCAGGAAGCCCAUAGGCGUGAUGUCAAAUUUAGUCAUUUCAUCCUCCGUGAGGAGACAGGCUCAGAGGUUCAGGCCGUGAAAGCGGGAGUACGUGUCAAGGUGCAACUACAGGCAGCCAACAACCCAGAGGAUGCUUACACUAUCACCCGCGACGCUUUCUUAGCCCAUCUGAAACGCAUGUUGCGUAUGACCGAAGAGCAGAAAAUUGAAGAUUCCAUCGCGCUCGUUGAUCAGGGUGUCGACUCUCUGGUAGCUGUCGAUAUCCGCUCUUGGUUCCUCAAGGAGCUGGAGGUCGAUGUCCCCACUCUUAAGGUAUUGGGUGGCGGUUCAAUUGCUGACUUGGUGAAGACAGCACUGGAAAAUAUGCCAGCUGCCCAAGACGACGUUUCAGCAGAAAACUCUCAGCAGCCUACCAAGCAAAGUCCUCAGCCCAAGAAAAACGGACCUGCUGGAUCUAUACAUCAGGCUACUCUGUCAAACAAGGAUACGGUGAGCUCCUCCCCGCUAUCGGUGGGCAGUCCGGUAUUCACGCCUGCGCUCGGAGAUUCUUCUUCUCCCUCUGAUGAUGACUCUAUCUCGACGCCUCUGCCACCUCAUGAGUAUUUUGUGAAGAAGGAUGCGAAAAGCCGUGAAAAGUCUAACCCAACUGUCGUCGCCUGA